AUGGAUUUUUCUGUCUACCUCCUGAUUCUGCUUUCUCUCCUCUCUCAGUGCACAGCUCAGUGGUGUUACCAGAGCCAGUACUCCUGUGACGACACAUGCAGAGACCCGAGCCGCUGGGAAGCUCAGUUUCCCAGCUGUGGAGGAUUACGCCAGUCACCAAUCAAUAUUGUCACCAGCAAAGUGCACGUCAACAGCGCCCUGCCACCCUUCAACUUCAUUGGUCACACCAACACAAACAACAUCACAGUGGAAAACAAAGGACACUCUGCUCACUUUCUUCUACCGCAGUCGGUCCGACUGACGGGAGGAGCUCUGCCGGGUCACUACAGAGCCGCCCAGUUUCACUUUCACUGGGGAGGUAAUGGGAGACCAGGAUCAGAGCACACCAUUGACGGAGAAAGGUUCCCCAUGGAGCUGCAUAUAGUCCACAUCAAGGAGCCGUACGGCUCUCUGGCAGAGGCAGAACAUGACAUGGCGGGUAUAGCUCUGCUGGCCUUCCUGUUUGAGGAAACAACAGAUGAUCAUCCUCAUUUGGAUGCAGUCAUAGCUGCUUUGGGCCGAGUACAAAACAAUGGCAGCAGCACAGUGAUCCCAAACUUUCGGCUCAGUGACGUCAUCCCGUCAGCGAAGGAGCUCCACAGUUACUACCGCUACGUGGGCUCCAUGACAACUCCAGGAUGUGAACAGGCAGUUGCCUGGACUGUGUUUCACAGGACCCUGCCCAUCAGCAGUCGACAGCUGGAUGCAAUAGCUCUGCAGUGCCGAUUCUGGACAGGACAGCCCAUGACCGACAUCUUCAGACCUACGCAGCCUCUGGAUGGCAGAGUUGUGUACCGAUCCAAGGCGAGUGCAGCUCUGACGAGUGUGAUCCACCUGUGGUUCGGCGCUCUCUCGGUUGUGCUCGGGACUACGGGUCUGAUACACUGA